CUUCACAUCAUGGAAACUUACAGGAAGCCGAUAGGAACUUAGAAACUCGCAAACUUCCAGCAAUUUGCAGAGGUUACGAUCAGACUUCUUCGAUUGAGUUCUUACGUUUUUCUAUAUAAAUGCUUCCGAUUCAUUUCAUUUUCCAGCAAACUCGCCUUGUUAUGUUUAAAUCGAUAUUAAUCCUGUUCUCUACUCUCUUAACAUUGCAAGCUUUCAUAUCGAAUGCUAUGUUGAGUAUAGCAUAGAUAUAGUCCUAUUGUAUAUUCCAUUCUUGGAAUUCGGAGAUGUCUAGAAUGGAAAUUAUUGUAAAUGAUUAGUUUUUUCCUUUUUAUCAAUCAAAAUUUACUUGGAAAUGGGUAAUUUGUUGUUCUUCAUAAGUCUGUUGGCCAUUCUUCUUAUGUAAUUCUCAUCUUAGAAUCCUUAUUCUCCCCAUAUAGUAUAUUGUUGGAUUCAUGGUUCCCAAUUCUCAGUAAGAGUCUUGUGGUGGGGAAAAUGUUGGUAUAUUUUUCUACUUUCUAGCAUUUUGGCACUUGGCUUGCCGUGGUUCCAUUCAUGACAACUUGGUGGGAUGGAAGCUGCAGGCCCAUCCCAAAGGCCAUGUGCCUCUCCUAAGAUUUUUGAUGUAUUCAUCAACCACAGAGGCCCCGAUGUCAAAGAGUCUCUGGCUAGUCAACUUUAUAAUUCUCUUGAGGAAAAGGGAUGCCGGGCCUUUCUGGAUUCCCAAGAGUUGGAGAAGGGAGAUUUCUUUCCAUCUGCAAUAAAGGAUGCCAUUAACUCUGCUGCAGUUCAUAUUGCUAUAUUCUCUAAGAGAUAUGCCGAAUCCUUUUGGUGUUUAGAAGAGCUGCGUUUAAUGUUAAAAACAAAGGCUAAACUUAUUCCUGUAUUUUAUGAUGUUGCACCUGAGGAGCUCCGCCGCAUCGAAAAAGGAAAGUAUGGCCUUGCAUUUGAAAAGUAUAAAGAGAAGGGCAGGUAUCUUGAUAAACUCGAGGACUGGAAAAAAGCCCUUCAUUUGGUCUCUUCCAUCUCUGGCUACGACCUCACCAAGGAUAAUCAACAGAACUCCGAGAAGGAAUUAAAAAAAAUAGUAUCCAAAGUAUUAGAAGAAGUAGAGAAGACAAGACCUAUAGAUGUUGCGAAAAAUCCAGUGGGACUAAAUGAACUUGUAGAAAAUUUUGAAAGGCGGUGCCAGAUGGUUAGUGAACAGAAGGUUGGUAUGAUUGGCAUCUUUGGGAGUGGGGGAGUGGGGAAGACAACUCUCGCCAAAGAGUUGUUCAAUAGGAAGCGUUUGCAAUACCAUGGAUCAUGUUUUCUCUUCGACGUAAGGGAAGCAUCUUCAAAAGGCGAAUUGCCUUAUUUGCAAUCUAAGCUGCUCGAAGAUCUACUUAAAGAAAAACGCAGAUUUCAGAGUACAGAUGAAGGAGCGAGCUAUCUGAGGCAUCGUUUGGAAAAGAGCCAGUCCAUGCGCUUCCUUCUUGUUGUAGAUGAUAUUGAUCAACCCAAACAGUUGGAAUCUCUACUUGACAUAGAAUCUCUGCCUUGUGGCAGUCUGGUGAUGGUUACGACCCGUGAUGAAAGGGUGUUAAUACGCACAGGAAUUACCCUUCGUUAUAUAAUGCCAAGAAUGGACUUGAAUAAUAGCAGAGAGCUAUUUUGUUUGCACGCUUUCCAUCAAAGGCGUCCAGCCACAGGUUAUGAAGAUUUGGUUGAGAAUUUUGUGAAAGUGUGUGAAGGUUUACCCUUGUCUCUUCAAGUCUUGGGAGGACAUGUUCAUGGUAGUUGUGACAAAGAUUAUUGGCAAUUAGAAUUGGAUAAAGUUCGCAAAAUGCUGCCUGAAGAUAUAAUAUGCAGACUCAAAAUAAGCUUUGAUGCCCUCGACAGCGAGCAGAAACAAAUUUUUAUGGACAUCGCGUGUUUCUUCGUAGGCAAGCCGAAGAACAUGGCCAUGAUAAUAUGGGAGGGGUCGGGCUGGAGCGGCGAGCAUGCACUUCAGACUUUAAUAGACAAAUGUCUUGUUCAUGAAGUGAAAAGCUGGGAUCUUCUUUUGAGAAUGCAUGACAAUCUCCGCGAUUUAGGAAGGCAAAUGGCAGUUGAAUUGGGCACUCCUUGUCGAAUAUGGCGCCCUCGAGAUCUUCAAUUUUUGGCAUUAAAGGGAUUCAAAAACAUUCUCACAGAAGCCAACGGCCAUAGUUUCAGGUGCCUCAAUUCUACUUUUGACAAGGAUACAGGUACCCAUAUUACAUAUUUUUUAGGAAAUUCAAAUAAUUCAGCUCAGACAUCAACAAUCUUGCUAUGGUUUGAGGUGAAGCGGGGCCAUUCGAAAAGAAUUCCUUCAUGGAUUCCUUUGCAAAAUCUACGGUCUCUAAGCAUUCUCGAAGAACCUUCAGGGAUUCCUUACAGUUUGUGGCAGCAUAUGUAUCGGCGGUGUUUAAGAACUCUCAUAAGCCAUGAAACACAACUGUGGAAGAGCAUUGCCCAGGGCCUUUCUCAAUUGAAAGAGCUGCAGCUUCACGGAAUGCAUUUGAGGGAGUUUCCAACUUCUUUGGGAAUGUUAACUCAUCUGGACAAACUGGACAUAACAAGAUGGUGCAAAGAAACAAUUGAAGGGAAGAUGUUAUCAGAUACGCUUAAGAAACUUAUUAAUCUUAGAACAUUGACUUUGAGGCACUUAAAAGUAAGCGGGAAAGUUACUUUUGGCAAAAGUGGAGAAGCAUCCCCAAUGACUAGGAUAGAAACAAUACAUAUUGAAGGGUUAAAACUUUUGACCAAUGUUUCAAUUGUUGGCGACCAUUGUCCUAGCCUUAAAUCUCUUCACAUUACGAAUAUGUCAAAACUAAGUGAAAUGGAUUUAACAGGGGUAACAACUUUGGAUUCUCUUAUGUUGGUUUGCUGUAGAAAACUGAAAAGGGCAGCGGGAAACUUUGACCUGAAAAAUCUUGUAAGCUUAAGCAUUGUUGGAUGUCAGCAGUUUGAAGAGUUGUCAGGCUAUAUAGCUCUGAGUUGCCCAGUGUCCCCAAUGACUAGGAUAGAAACACUUGAUAUUGAUGGGUUAAAACUUUUGACCAAAGUCUUAAUUAGUGGGGAGCACUGUCCUAGCCUCAAAACUCUUCACAUUACAAAUAUGUCAAAUCUAAGUGAAAUGGAAUUAAUAGGGGUAACAACUUUGAAUUUUCUUAUGUUGGGUUCCUGUAUAAAACUGAAAAGGAUUGCCAGGAACUUUGACCUGAAAAAUCUUGAAAGCUUAAGAAUUGUUGAAUGUCAGCAGUUUGAAGAGUUGCCAAGCCUUGCAACUCUGAGUUGCCUGAGAAAUAUUACCCUCGAUGGAUGCCAGAAGUUGCAGAAUAUAACAGAGAUUGAAAAAUUGAAAGAAUUAAAGAGCCUUUAUCUUUCAACAGGCGACAGAGCUGCAUGGAAUUGCAUUCAAAUGUUCCAGAGGAUGCCAUCAGAGUUCACAACAGUAAUCGGGAGAGCAGGUAAUGCAGCGGAGUCCACUAUAAAUGCCAAUCUCUUUUCCGAUAUGAUCGGUGUGGAUGCAGUGAGUGAUAUUCAUGUAAAUGAAAAUGGAGAAAUCGAGGCAACAUUGAAUUCCCCAGAAUCAUUGAGCGACAUUAUCGUGUGUGCUGUGGUUCAAAGCCCUGGGAGAAAUAUAUUAGACUCCUAUUCGCAUGAAUUUUUUCCAUAACACGAGGGGCUCCCUUGCAAGUGGAGAAUGGAUUCUCACCAUGGUUCUUGCCACCGGAGGGCAAAUAAACAAAGUUCAACAGUACGUACAUUAUAUUGAUGGUUUUUUCGAUGAUCAUGCUCGGAUAAAGAAGGGGUGUAUAGCCACAGUAAAGAAAGGCGAAGAAUGGAAAACCCUUCCUAUAUUUAAAAACAUAAUUUCCAAGCUAUAUGGAAUGAUGUAACUGUGUUUUAUAUUUUUUAUAAGCCUUGGAUUGUCUUUCCUCUUUGUUUCUAUCUGCAGUUUGGUUCCCUUUAGUGAUGGAGCUUUUAAUAAAAUUCACAUCAUAUUCUUGUUGAAAA